AUGCAUAGAACAAUUCCUAUUGAGAAUGGGCGGCAAUUGAGCAUUGUGAUUGCGAGUUCGAUAUCGAUUUCAAUUGCGGUUAUCGCGGUGGGCUUGAGGCUUGCGGCUAAGAGGAUACGGAAUCGUGUUGAUGGAAGCGAUUGGUGUAUCGUUGUCGCUUGUUUGUGGAAUGCGGCUUUGCAUGGGACUUGCAUUUCGCUGGUUACGCAUGGCGGGUUUGGAUUCCAUCUUGCGGAAGUCAUGCAGCGGUUUGGACCGGGGACGGUUACGUACUUCUUCAAGGGACUCAUGACCUUCACCAUGCUCUGGAACGCAACCGUCUGCUUCAGCAAACUCUCCGUCUUACUCAUGUACUCGGCCUUGAUCCCCACACCCACCAUGAUACGAAUGAGCGUCGCUUUCGGUGCCUUCAUCGUAGUAUGGUGUCUCGCAGACAUCAUGACCGCAUUCCUCAUCUGCCGCCCACUGGCGCGAAACUGGGACAUUACCGUACCCGGCACAUGCGGAAGUCGACCGGAUUUCUACUUUGCAAUGGGCGUCAUCAAUCUAGUCACCGACGCCCUCCUCAUCGGAAUGCCCAUGCCAUAUCUCUACAAACUCGCAAUGCCAAUGCGCAAAAAACUUCUCGCCAUGGGCCUCCUCAGCAUCGGAAUAGGUACCUGGGCCAUAAUCAUCUACCGCCAAACCCUCAUCCCCCACCUCGACCUUGCAGACAUGACCUACAGCGGCAUCCUCGCGACCCUCCUCUCGGGCCUCGAACCCGCCGUCGCCAUCGUACUCGCCUGCAUCCCCUUACUGCGACCUCUCUUCGUCAAAUCGCGCCACAACCUCGACUCCGGGUACCGAUACGGCAGUAGUAACGGCAAGCACAUCAGCUUCCUGUCGAAAAGAGGGGGUGGAAGCAGCGCAUUAUCGCACGGCCUGGAUCCCACGGCCACGUUUUCCGAACUCGUGGAUCAUCAGACGAACAAUUCGUCGCAGAUUGAACUUAGGCCGGUCGAGGGCAUACAGCGGGUUUGCAUCUCGUCGGAUGAGGAGAGGGGGAAGGAGGAGAGGGGGAAGACGAUGGCGAACGGGGGGGUGCCGCCCAGGACAAUUAGUGUGGAGAGGAUGUGGGAGGUUAAGAGGAGUCAUGGAUAG